GUUACAUCAUACAUUACGUGUAUUAAAUGCCGCGUACCUAACAGCAUGUUAACAGAUGCCAUCUUAAACUCGACUCGGUUCGUCGUCAUUGAUUGACGAAUAAUAUUUACGGUUAUAAAUUAUACAUCGUUUCUCGUGAAAAAUGGCGUCGGAUAAAGUCUUUCAUUCCCGCUCUCAAGGUAUUCCCUCUGAGGGAGUUAAAGACCAGUAUGCUGAUGGUAAGGCUGCGAGGAUAUGGAAGAAGUACAUUGGUGAUAGCAACAAACGAACACAGAAUUAUAGGACCUUUUUGAGUGGAAUUCUCAGAAAACAUGGUUGUGUUAAGGUUCUCGACGUAGCAUGUGGUACAGGUAUAGACUCUAUGAUGCUCGUCGACGAAGGCUUUGAAGUGGUGUCAGUGGACGCGUCCGACAAAAUGUUAAAACACGCUCUCAAGGCUCGAUGGGAGAAACGGCGUGAUCGGAAAUAUGAUGAGUGGAUAAUUGAAGAGGCCAGUUGGGAAAGUCUUCCACAAGACAUCGAAUCAUUUCUGCCUGGCGCCAAGUUUGAUGCUCUUAUUUGUCUUGGAAACUCAUUUGCCCAUCUCUUAGAUGAAUACGAUGAUCAAAGAACACAAAAGAUGUGUUUAGAAAAUUUCGCAAAAGUCCUAAAGCCUGGAGGAUUGUUGAUAAUAGACCAUCGAAAUUACGAUGCGAUGAUCGAUAAGGGCUCUACGCCUGGACAUUCAAUUUAUUAUAAUAGUUCCUACCCAGUAGAUAUCAAGACAUCAGUGCUAGUCGUUCGCGGAAAACCGGAACUAGUUGCGUUAGAUUAUUGCAUUUGCCCUACAGAGGAUGGGGAUAUUGCUGAAAAGAGUGAAUUCCGCCUCUGCUACUACCCUCACAAACUAGAUAAAUUCACAGAAAUGUUAGAUGAUGCUUUCUCAAAUAAAGCUCAACACAGUAUAUAUGCUGACUUUAAACCACUUAAUCAAGUACCGGAGCCAGCUUACUACAUCCAUGUCAUGCAAAAGGAAUGAUUUGAAGAUAUUGAUUUGAAGAUGUUAUAUUUUUAUAUUUAAAAAAGUUUAUUUAAGUCCAAUUAUCUGGACUCUUUUUUAUUGAAUCUUUCUUGUUGUUGUUAACUAAAAUUCCAGUAAUUAAAUUGCUAAGAAAUGAAA